AUGGCCAACACAGCACUGGAGAUUGUGGGUCUUUUAUUGACCCUGAUUGGGCUGAUUGGGGCGGCAGCAAGCACUGGGAUGCCGAUGUGGCGAGUCACGGCUUUCAUUGGGGAGAACAUUAUUGUGUUUGAGACCCGCUACGAGGGUCUAUGGAUGAAUUGCUUCCGGCAGGCCGACAUCAGGAUGCAGUGCAAGGUGUAUGACUCUCUCCUGGCCCUACCACCUGACCUACAGGCAGCACGGGGGCUCAUGUGCUGUGCUCUGGCGCUGGGUGGCCUUGGUCUGCUGAUCAGUUUGGUGGGGCUGCAAUGCACGUCGUGCAUUGAAAACAACGAUCGAGCUAAGCGACUGGUCCUCAUCAUAGCAGGAAUCAUGAUCUUAAUGGCUUGUAUCUGCGUCCUUAUCCCUGUGUCGUGGACGGGUCACGUCAUCAUCAGGGACUUCUACAACCCCUUGCUGAUCGACGCUCAGCGCAGGGAGCUUGGAGAGGCUCUGUACAUCGGCUGGGUGGCCUCUGCUUUUUUGUUCGCAGGAGGAUGCAUGUUUACUUGCUGCAAUCUGCAGUCUGAAGACAAAGGUUCAGAGAGGUACGUGUACUCCAGGGCCUCCGACUACACAGCCUAUCCUCCACAGCCUCUCCAGCCUCAGCAGCUGGUGCUACUUCCCCAACCACAACCCCGACCACAGCCAGUGCUGUCCAGACACCCAUCAAGUAUCUACACCUACCACUCCAGACACCCCUCUGUACACAGCGGGGUGGCUUAUCUCUGAACACUUAAACUGACUGAGGCAAUGAUGAUCUGUUAUGGUCACUGUAUGCAAGGAAAUUUCUUUUAAAUAUGGGUCUGCUUAGCAGUGCAAUCUAUGACACAUUUCAGCUAUCAACAGAUGUAUUUCAGGUUAAAAAACACAUUUCAAUGAAACAUUUACUGUGAAUGAAAAUGGAUCUGAUUCAUGUGGAUGUCCUUUUGAAACCACCUCUUUUUGUAUAUUAUUUAAGGAGUACAUAACGUCUUCUUAAAGAGCACUAUAACAACCUAUAACAUGAUUAUAACCUUGCCUGUGUAAGCUAAUUCUUUCCAUUACUAUUAUGGGUGUUUUAUUUUAUACUUAUAGCCUUGUUUUUGUACAUCAGUUUAACUACUUUCUAUGUGUAUGUUGUACAUAGCGUUUAACCACUAAGUGACAUGGCACAAGUGUAUUUGCCUUUACUGUUAAAUUGCAAAUUGUUGUUGGCACAUAGCACUAAGCUGUGUAGUUACUAAGACAGUUAAUACUUAGGAUAUUUCAAAACCAAUUUCCUUCAACCUUCAACAUAAACUAUGCCUGAGCUGAGAGCAAAAUUUUACACAACCCCCCUGUACAGCCAGUCCUCAUAUUUUGCUUCUCAGUUUUACCCAGUUUUAGCUAGUUUCAGCCAGUAUUAGACACAUAAUACACAAAAGGCAACCAAAGCAGGCGUGUUACAGGUACUACACUUCAUACAGUAUAUGGUAUAUAUUGGACGGAUUACGUGAGAAUUACACAGACAUUUGAAUCUACAGCUCAAAACAUUGUGUGUAUGUAUGUUUAACAGAAAAACAAUUGUAAGUUUUGAAGUUUGGUAUGAUGCCCUGGAGCACUUGUCAACUGAUGGUACUGAGUAAACAUGAGAUGCAGGUUUAAGGCUGCUUGCUAAAGGUGUGGACACUGAGGCAUCUUAGCCAGAAAGCUUAGUGUUUACGAAGAAACCAGACAGAGACGACCUGACAGCAUGAUCAUGUGAUCAGAAUUUGCAAGUCACUUUGAACUGAGACACAGAUAGUAUUAGGCCAAAUCUUCUGUAGUUAAUUUCCUGGUUGACUCCAGAUUCAUACGUUUGAGCAGUGAGAGAACAUUUCUAUCUCUCUUCAGUCAAGCAUAUUAGUUCUUGUACUACCAGGUCACGUCAUUUCACUUUCAGUGAGUUCAACAGCAAACUGCAUUAAAAUUAUAAUGGUAGAAUGACAAUGUUGUCUCUAUUGUUGCUUAACGUAACACUAAAAUGAAGGAUCUGUUUUUCUAUGUUAUGCCUGCUCAGCAGCACUAGAGUUACACAAUUAUGGAAUAUAUGCAAACUUGUUAUACGAAAUGUUAACUUGUGAUUUAUAAAACUGUAUGUCUGGUCCUCAACAAUCAGUAACUCUAUUUGGACAGUGUGACGAGCUCCCUCUCUGUUUCAUUAA